AUCGCGGGGUCAUUCCUGUACCGUCCGACAGGAAAAGAGCAAAGAUGUCGGAAAUCAGAGAGUACACCAUCAAUGUUCCGCAGGAGAAGCUCGAUAGACUGCAGCGGAAACUGGAAGAUGCAGACUUCCCGUCUGAGCUAGAGGAUAAUCCGGGCUGGGACUAUGGCUCGCCGCUGAAGGAUGUAAAGCGCCUCACGGAGUACUGGCGGACCAAAUUUGACUGGCGUGCCCACGAGAAGAAGAUCAACGAGCUGCCCAACUUCGAGACGACAGUGAACGUCGACAAGCAUGGACCUGUGGACCUCCACUUCGUGCACCAGAAAAGCGAUGUUCCCGGAGCGAUUCCUCUGCUGUUCAUCCACGGCUGGCCAGGAAGUUUUCUCGAAGUCACCAAGAUACUUCCCUUGCUCAAAGGCGGGAAUGGUAAGCCCGCAUUCCACGUCGUUGCACCUAGUCUUCCCAAUUAUGGCUUCUCCGGUCCCGCUCUCAAACGCGGCUUCAACAUCGCCCGCUACGCCGAAGCCUUCAACAAACUCAUGCUCGCCCUCGGCUACGACGAAUAUGUCACCCAAGGCGGCGACUGGGGAUUUGUCAUGACCCGCGCCAUGGCGAAGCUCUACCCGCAACACGUCAAAGCACACCACAUCAAUUGGGCGUGGGCUGCAAAACCGGAGGAGUUUGCCAACGGGAGCAAACAAGAGCCGGCGUACUCGGAAAGAGAGAAGAAACAGAUGGCGAGUUCGGACCGCUGGUUUCCGUUCGGGAUGGGAGAUGGAAGAGGAUACAUCGCUAUUCAAUCCACCCGCCCAGCGACGAUAAACUUCGCUUUGCGGGACUCGCCCGUUGGAAUGCUCGCCUGGAUUUGGGACAAGCUCGUCGAUUGGUCGGACGAGUAUCCCUGGACAGAAGACGAAGUCUGUCUCUGGACAUCGAUGUACGUCUUCGCUCGGGCAGGACCGGACGCCGCUUCGUACACGUACUAUGAAGCGCUGCAUGAUCCAGUGGAGAUGACGGUGCCGAUGAUCCAGGGGUAUAUUGAUGUUCCUUUGGGCAUUGCAGACUUCCCGGUUGAACUGGCGAAUAGUCCGCAGAGUUGGAGGCACACGAUGGGUCCGAUUGUGUUCCAGAAGAUUUAUGAGAAGGGAGGGCAUUUCGCCGGGUGGGAGAGGCCGGAGGACAUCGCGGAGGGAUUAGCGGAGAUGUUUGGGAAGGGAGGAGGCGCGUAUGGAGUUGUGAAGGGGAAAGAUGGGUAUUGA